CUCAAUGUGGAUUUUGUUGAUUAUAUUCCUUUGUUCCUGGUUCAGGUUACCUAGCCCGCAGUGAGUCAAUUUAAGUGAAGGACACGACAAACGCUGGAACAGAGAGACCAGAUUGUAAAUAUUUUGCUUUCAAUAAUUUUUGUAUGCAUGAAGUGGUGACUCGCUUACUCGUUGAAUAAAGUUCUGUUCAAAACGAUUUCUGCGUCGAAAGAAGAGAGAGGAAUAAGUGGUGUAUAAUAUUGUCCAUGUCAUCUGAGGGAAACGAUACCGCCAAUUUUCCUGAAGCCGCUGUACGACCUUUCCCAAGCAAUUCCCCACCAGCUAAACAACGAAAGACAAACCACAACUCAGACACAUACUUUUCUAAAACUUCUAAAUUGUCCGGACCUGACACCAUGGAUCAAGUUCAAAAUGGAGAUUCACAGCAAGCCAUUGAUGAGGGUUUAUACUCUCGACAGCUGUAUGUGCUGGGGCACGAUGCAAUGAAGAGAAUGGGUGCAUCAAAUAUUCUCAUCAGUGGGAUGAAAGGUCUUGGAAUCGAAAUUGCCAAAAAUGUCAUUUUAGGAGGUGUUAAAGCUGUCACUUUACAUGAUGAAGAUACUGCUACUAUUGAACACCUCAGUUCUCAGUAUUUCGUCUCUGAUGCUGACAUUGGUAAAAACUUGGCUGAAGUAUCAGCCAUUCAAGUUAGUGAACUCAACCCAUAUGUGCCGGUUCACCCUUAUACUGGCAAGUUAACAGAAGAAUUUCUCAGCCAGUUUCAAGUGGUAGUGCUGACAAGUUCAAGUCUCGCAGAGCAGUUACGCAUCAGUGAUUUUACCCACAAAUCCAAUAUUUAUCUAAUUGUGGCCAACACUUUUGGUUUGUUUGGACAAAUCUUCUGUGACUUCUCAUCUAACUUCACAGUGUAUGAUACUAACGGAGAAAACCCACAAAGUGCAAUGAUAUCUGCCAUCACAAAGAAUGAGAAAGGUGAAGGGAUUGUGGCAUGUCUAGAUGAGACACGACAUGGAUUUGAGAGUGGUGAUUUUGUCAAGUUUCAUGAAGUCAAGGGUAUGGAUGGUUUGAAUGAUAGCGAACCACGUAAGAUUAACGUCCUUGGUCCGUACACAUUUAACAUCGGAGAUAUUUCUCAAUAUAAUAAUUACGAUCGUGGUGGUAUCGCAACACAAGUCAAAAUGCCAACAACUGUUCAGUUUAAAUCUUUGCGCGAGUCACUUCAAAGUCCGGAGUUUAUGGUCACAGAUUUUGCGAAAUUUGAUCGACCAGGACAACUUCACAUCUUGUUUCAAGCUCUUCAUCAAUUUGUGGAAGAAAAAGGUCAUCUUCCUCAAAUCAGGAACACGCCCGACGCUGAUGCUUUAGUUGCUAUAGCAACAACAAUCAACAACAAUGCAAGCGCUGAAGCAAAACAGAGUGAACUUGAUGAAAAACUCAUCCGUCAAUUUUCUUUCAUGGCACGAGGUGACGCAUGCCCUGUACAAGCUGUCAUUGGUGGAAUUGUUGCACAAGAAGUCAUGAAGGCUUGCAGUGGAAAGUUCAUGCCAAUCAAACAAUAUUUCUACUUUGAUGCACUCGAGUGUUUACCUGAGGGAAGUCAAGAUGAAAACGUGGAAUCUUAUCAAACUUCCGGUUCGAGGUACGACGGACAGAUUGCGAUCUUCGGCAAAGACUUCCAGAGGAAGUUAUCCUCCCAACGAUGGUUUGUGGUGGGAGCGGGAGCCAUCGGAUGCGAGCUUCUUAAAAACUUCUCGAUGAUCGGACUUGGGUGCAAGCUCGGUAACCUCGUGGAGAAGGAGGAUGAAACAGGAUCAUUGGUGGUGACGGACAUGGAUGUGAUUGAGAAGAGCAACCUUAAUCGACAGUUCUUGUUCAGACCUCACGAUGUCCAGAAAUUGAAGUCUCAGUGUGCGGCGGAUGCUGUGAAGAAAAUGAACCCACUUGCUCGUAUCGUAUCACAUGAGAACAGGGUAGGACCGGAGACAGAGAAUGUUUACACGGAUGAUUUCUUCGAAAAUCUCGAUGGAGUUGCAAAUGCUCUUGACAACGUGCAAGCAAGAAUAUACAUGGAUCGAAGAUGUGUUUAUUAUCGAAAGCCUCUUCUUGAGUCCGGAACACUGGGAACAAAAGGCAACAUCCAGGUUGUUCUUCCUUACUCCACUGAGUCGUACUCCUCCUCCCAGGAUCCUCCAGAGAAGUCAAUCCCCAUUUGCACACUGAAGAACUUCCCGAAUGCCAUCGAACACACUUUACAGUGGGCUCGAGAUGAAUUCGAAGGUUUGUUCCGUAAUUCGGCAGACACAGCCAACCAAUAUCUCACUGACCCGAAAUUUUACGACCGAAUAUCUAAGUUACCUGGUGCAGAGCCCGUCACUACCCUCGAAGCUGUCCACAAUGCUCUGCUCAAAAACCGACCGCAGAAUUUUGCCGACUGUGUACAGUUCGCAAGAUUGAGAUUUCAGGAGUUAUACCACAACAACAUCAAACAACUUCUCCACAACUUUCCUCCGGAUCAGAAGAAUAGUUCAGGAGCAAUGUUUUGGUCGGGACCUAAGAGAUGUCCUCAUCCUCUUGUUUUCGAUCCAGAAAAUACAACACAUUUUGGAUACGUACUUGCCGCCUCGAACCUGUAUGCAACCAUGUAUGGCAUGCCUACAAUGACCAACGCUGAGGAAAUAAAGAAACAUCUUGGCCAGAUUACGGUGCCUGAGUUUAAAACUAAGAGUGGAGUUAAAAUUGCCACCACUGAUGCGGAGGCAAACCAAAUGAACUCUGGAUCGAUGGACGACACUCAGUUCGAAGAUUUGAAAAAAGCAAUUCCAACUGUUGAAUCUUUUAAAGGGUUCCGUAUGUUGCCCGCCGAUUUUGAGAAGGACGAUGACACUAACUUUCACAUGGAUUUCAUUGUUGCUGCUUCCAACUUGCGUGCUGAGAACUACGAGAUUAGCCCUGCUGAUCGUCACAAGAGUAAACUGAUCGCUGGUAAGAUUAUUCCUGCCAUCGCAACCACAACUGCUCUGGUUGCUGGUCUGGUGUGUCUCGAACUUUACAAGAUUGUUCAAGGCAACAAAAAACUUGAAUCUUACAAGAACGGGUUCGUCAACUUGGCUCUUCCUUUCUUUGCUUUUUCAGAACCGAUUACUGCUCCUAAGCUAAAGUAUUACGACAUUGAAUGGAGUUUGUGGGAUCGCAUCGACGUCAAUGGGUUGGAUCUAGCCGCCCCUGGUUCUGACGAGAUGACACUCGGUCAAUUUAUUGAUUACUUCCAAAAAGAACAUAAACUUGAAGUCACCAUGCUUUCACAGAACGUAGCAAUGCUUUACUCAUUUUUUAUGACUCCAGUUAAACGCAAGGAGAGACUCGCAACCAAAAUGAGCGAAGUUGUGCAGAAAGUGUCGAAACGUAAGCUCCAACCGCACGAGAAAGCUUUGGUACUUGAGAUGUGCUGCAACGACGUCGACGGCGAAGACGUGGAAGUGCCCUACGUACGAUAUGUGUUUCGCCGAUAAAAAAAUUAAUUCCCAUUGAUCUCCCGACGCCAUACGGUGACGUCACCUCGAUAUAAACUUAUUUGUUGUCAAGUUCCCGCUAGAUGUCGUACCGAGUUCAGCUUUAACUAAUUCCACCGAGACUGGCUGCUUAAAAUUAGAUUGAUCCACUAUGCCAUAAUAAAACAAAAAUCGUAGUGUAAGUUCAGCAACUCCGUGUUAAUUGUUACCUAAUUCACACCACAGCGUGCAAUCGGAUUUCAAUGACAUGUUUUUUGCCGAUAACUGUUCACAGUUCAUUAACCCAGCGUGUAUAUCCUUAUCAUUGGCGCCUAUAGAAGCUUUGAAUAGUAAAUACAAGUUC